CUCCUGGUCAGGGCGGGGAACUCUGGGAAGGCUGGGCUUGUGUCCGCCAUGUUUGUCCGAAACCAAAUGGCGAAAUUCGAUGGGAACUGAGGUGGUCAUUCUCCGGCCAGCAGCAGGAUCGGGGACUAACUGACCCCAUAAUUCGGUGCUGGGGGUGAUCAUCUUGCACCUUCAGCACUUUCCGUGCGGCUGCGAGUGGAUUUUGUGCGGAGUUUUUGUGAUCGUAAUCUGCUCAUUUCGUAUUCUUUUUUUUUUUUUUUACUGGCACACCAUGAGUAAGUUAUCGUUCCGAGCUCGGGCGUUGGACGCCAGCAAGCCCAUGCCGGUGUUCCACACGGAAGACCUGCCGGAUCUGCCCGAGUACACCGCCAUCAACCGCGCGGUGCCGCAGAUGCCCACCGGCAUGGAGAAGGAAGAAGAAUCGGAGAGACAUCUGCAGAGAGCCAUGUCAGCCCAGCAGGUGUACGGAGCUGUGGAGAACCUGGUUAUCCCCACACCGCCUGCACAGGUCGGCGUCGGGUACUAUGAAGAUCUGUACGAGGGACAGUUCAAACCACAGAAGCAGUUUGUACACGUUCAAGCUCUGAACAUGGAGCAGGACUACCCUGAGUAUGACAUGGACUCUGACGACGAGCGCUGGAUGAACUCCCACAACAAGCGCAGCUCUGCCAUGACCCUGGAACCUCAGCAGUUUGAGGAGAUGAUGGAUCGGUUAGAGAAGGGCUCAGGACAACAGCCUGUUACGUUACAAGAAGCCAAACUGCUCUUGAAGGAGGAUGAUGAUCUCAUCAAGGCUGUGUACGACUACUGGCUCAAGAAGAGAAACAAAAGUCCCCAUCCACUCAUCGCUCAGGUGAGGACGGAGAAGAGAGACGGGUCCACAACCAACAACCCGUAUGUGGCCUUCAGAAGGAGAACAGAGAAAAUGCAGACAAGGAAGAAUCGGAAAAAUGACGAAGCUUCCUACGAGAAGAUGCUGAAACUUAGGAGAGAUCUAAAUAGAGCUGUAACAUUGUUAGAAAUGGUAAAAAGAAGAGAGAAGAGUAAAAGAGAGCUAUUACAUCUAACAAUAGAAAUAGUAGAAAAAAGAUAUCAAUCUGAUGAUUUUAGCGGACAGUUGCUAGCGGAGGUGAUGGCCCAGAGACACCAGCGGCCGUCCUACACGCCCUCUCCCGUGCCAAAUGGUUCCCUGUACGCCGCCAUGCAAGGCAACCGGCCUGACUGGGCCAACAGAAUAAACGGGGAGCAGGUCCAGGUAGUUAGAAAGAAGCGCGAGUACAAGAAGAGAAAACACAAAACUGCUGCUGCGGCCCACGUGAAGGAGGAGCAGGGCAGGGCACACCCCACCACGCCCACCUACUCCGACAUGGACCUGCACAAGUAUGACUUCCCCAGCAGUGAGGAGGACGUCUCACCGGCACAGUCAGCAGAAGAGGACACUGACAAUGAUCCUGACGGCUCCUUCGCCUUCAGGAGAAAGAAAGGUUGUAACUACUACCAGGCCAGAGUAGACACACCUGGCAACUGGCCCUGGGAGGCUAAAGAGGAGGGAGGUUUGGGUGACCCGAGGUACAGAUACUCCUGUACCACCCUGUCCAUGCCCAGGAGAUGUGUGGGCUUCGUACGCAGAAGAGUCGGCAGAGGCGGCAGGGUAAUACUUGAUAGAGUCUUCACUCCCUUUGACGACGCCCUAGAGGAUCUUGACCUUUCCAACUCCAGUUCUCUCCCCAAUGGACUACCUCCCAGUUGGCUAACUGACAUUAGGAACAAAAAGUGGCGGCACUUCAGACCGCGGUCGCCCCCGUCGGAAGACGACAGCUCGCCCUCGCAGGCCCCGCCCAGUUUCAGCGACCACCUCUCCAGCCUCAUCACGUUCCCCGCCUCUCCGCCCGAGGAAAUCUCGGCAGAACAGUUCCACGACCACCAACAAGAGCUGGUCAAGGUAAACCUCGGGAUGCAGAAGCAGCAGCUGGCAGCUCAGCAGGACGAGGCCGUGUCCACCAACCUUAACCAAUCCUUCUCCUCACAACCAACUUCCAGGUUUACGGUGGACUCUGCCAGCGCCCAGUUUGCUGUGUCAGCUGUGGUGUCGAACACAGAGAACCUGGAUACCUCGCUGAAGCUACGGGAGGGAACGGAAUCAGCGCACAACGGUGUACUUGAGGCAACAGGGUCAGGAACCAACAAAGCACACUCCACCUCCCCCCCUGCAGCAGUAUUACAACUAAACUACCCCCUCUCCCAGACCCCCCCUGUCCCCGUCAACCCCCCUCCUCCUGCAACCACUCUCGUCACCUCCACCACGAGAACGGGCAGUCCGCAGGCGCCCCCCACACCGUCAGCUGCAGGGGCCGUCACACCAAAUCCCUCGUCCUCAUUGGCCAGAAUGGUCGCCCCUAGCAACGCAGCUGUUUUAAAACUGGCAGCGCCGACGUCUAACAGUAUGGCCAACAAUGUAGAUAGUAUAUCUAGGGAAAACCAUGAGGAUGGACUUGUAAAUAGUAUAGGUGAAACAACACUGGCAAUGGAGGUCACGUGACUGCUGUUCCAAGUUGCUGCUACACUCCCUCAUCUGGAGGUCUUCUCAACCAGUGUUUCCUUUAUCGAGGGCACCCCCUAUUUUGUACAGCAGUUGUUUUGUUUUUUUGUUUUUUAAAUGAACUUUUCCAUCAGGGACAGUAAGACAGUUGUUUGUUACUUGUACAGAUGUUGUGUAUAAAGGGCCUGUAUGAGGCCACCAUAGAAACAACUCCAAAUCUUUGUACAUAAUGCACUUUGAAAUAUUAAUUAUAGUGUGUAUUGUAUGACAAAAUAACGACAGAUUGCAUAGAAUGUAAUGGAAGUUGCAUAUAUUUGGUAUUUAUUUGGCUAUGGCUUGGGCGGCAAGAGAAAGUAAAAAUAAAGUGUAUACGCCAACUUUUUGUACUGUAUGCUUACAAAAUCUUAUGAAUUAUAAUUCCUCAUUUUGAGAAAGUAGAUGGGUAGCGUUUCCUUACUACAGUGGAGAAGCUGUAACCCCCCUGUCAGGCCAUCAUGUGGUAUAAUCCCUGUGAUAUACAUAGCAGAGAUUGGACUGCACCAUUUUCAACUAGGGGUGGCUGUUUACAGUGUGAAACAUCACUACUAUAGAGUGUUACGAUGUCUUUCAAGUAUUUUUGUAUGGCUUUAUGAUCUCCAAGAAUCUCUGCAUGGUUAUCCACGAUUCCACGCACUUUCCCUGGUAAAAAUACAUGUGGGAAGGAAGAAAAUUGGUAUUAAUACUAGCAAAUAAGAAAAGUAUCUCCACAUUAAUGGGUAUUUUUUUGCAAAGUCUUAACCUGUGUGUCGCAAAUAAAAUUCAAGAUCACUUAUUGGAUUUGUCCACAGACAAAUAUCCCAAAAGUUGAAAGUUUUUUUAUGAAACCCUUCCCCUGAAAUACUUAACUCACUGUGAUAGAUAUAAUUGGAAAAUCAAUGAAAUGUGAUGAAGUUACUGUUUGGAAAGGUACCGAAAUUUGUGCAUGUUGUGGUCACUAGCAUUUAUCUAAAAAGGCACAAGUUUGUUGAAGUGCAAGGGAGCACUUGUCAAAAAAAUGGCGUAGCUGUAAAUUCAAAGAAUUAGAAAUAUGAAUGUCUCAAAUUGCCCCCUCCCCAUUAAACUAAAAUCCAAUUGGUUUGUUCCAACUCCAAGGACAGUUUCAAUGUGUAUGGAUUGUACCAUUAUUGCCAAAGGGGUCUCACAAAAACGUCUCUUAAAUUAUAUCAGCCCAUUGUUAUCAAAUACAUGGAUUGGCCCAAGACUUUUGCCACCUUCUAUUGGAAUGUUAUAAUUGUUCUUGAGGGUUGUGGAGAUAUAAUUUAUUCUCUCUGCUCCAUGAAUAUGGCCAGUGUCUAUGUCUACCUAGGUAUACCCCCAGAAUACAAAUGGUUUGCCCCACAGCAUGGUACCUUCCACCAGAAUGGAUUGUUCUAUUUGUGCAAUGGGGGUUACCUUAUGUAUCGUUAAAAAACAUUUAGGCCAAGUAACAGCCCAGAGAAAUAUAUGUAUGUGCGUAUCUUGUUUGUAUGACUUGAACAUAGUGUGGAAUUUUUUGGCUACGCCUCAGGGUUGGAGCCUUUGGGAUAUUAUUCUGAUUGUAACCUGGAACAGAAGUGUAUUUUUCUAACAGUUCUGAUUGAUUCCCAGCACCCAGGCAACUCUCGUCUCUCAGGAUGUGGCAAUUAUAUGUACUGUACCUGCUAUUGUACAAAUUCCUCUGAAUCUGUGAUCGUGAGAGAAAAAAACAAGGAACAUCUUUUACCAUA